GUGUUAGAGAGAGCCGGUGUGUUAGAGAGAGCCGGUUGUGUUAGAGAGAGUGUGUGUCUGUGUGCGCGCGCGCGCGUGUUUUGUGUGUGCGAGCGAGCGAGCAAGAAGGGAGAGAGAGAGAGAGAGAGACUGUCCGAAGAGGAGCUCAGCACUGCCGGCGGGGGGAAGCGUGUCAACCGCUGCGCGUGUCUGUCUGCGUGUGUGUGUGUGUGUGUGUGUUUGUGUGUGAGUGUGUGUGUGUGAGCGUGCAUGUGCGUGCGUUUGCCCACGCGCCAGAAAGACAGAGAGAGAGAGAGAGAGAGGGGGGAGAGACACUCACACUCACACUCACACUCACACACGCAGCGCGAGUGACACUGGAGUCUUGGAAGUGCUGCGUCGGCCCCCUGUUUUCCCUGGGAAUGCUCCAGCUGUGAGAGGCACCCUGAUGCCGGCAGGCUGGCCUCAGCCCACGGGAGGAUUCGCUGCCGCUGUUGCCGCUGUUGCCUUGGGUCUUUCCUCCAGGAGGUGAACGAGUGUGAGCGAGUCUAUGUGCGCCUGUGUGUCCCCCGCUCCCAGACUUUUUGGACUCAUGUCUGACGUGCCGUUUUGGACUAAGUUUUACGCACAGCUGGGACGACCACUGCCCAAGGACCUCUCUUGCCUAGAUGACCUGUCCUCCGGCUCUUUUUUUUCCUCUCCUGCGGACUCGCUGUCUGAGUACCCCGAUGCUCAGGUCUUCCUCAACCCAGACAACUUGACGCGUGUGCCCACAAUAUGGGACAUCAACACCCCAGCACAGAACCAGCCAGAGCUAAACUCGAACAGGUUUCACGGUCUGAACAGUUUAGAGGACCUGUCGGCCAUCAUCAGCACACCUGUGGGAGCUUUCCAGACUCAGAGGCCUCACACCCCACCUGAGAAUGAGCAGGAGGCAGAUGAGGAGGAAACGGAGGAACUGGGCCAUGUGGACACCUACGCAGACUACAAACCCUCCAAAUCCACCAUAGGGAUCUCCCAUCCAGACAGGGUGGUGGAGACUAACACACUGUCCAGCGUGCCUCCCCCCGACAUCUCCUACACCCUCUCCAUCCCUGACCCCACCAUCGACAGCGGCCUGCUCUCUGCCCUGCAGCUGGAGGCCAUCAUCUACGCUUGCCAGCAACACGAGGUGAUUCUGCAGAACCAGCAGCGGGCGGGCUUCCUGAUUGGAGACGGGGCCGGCGUGGGCAAGGGCCGCACUGUAGCCGGGAUCAUCGUGGAAAACUACCUAAAGGGACGGAAGAGAGCGCUGUGGUUCAGUGUUUCCAACGACCUGAAAUACGACGCAGAGAGAGAUCUCAAAGACAUUAACGCACCCAAUAUCCCUGUGCAUGCCUUAAAUAAGAUAAAGUAUGGGGACACAGCUACCUCAGAGGGCGUCCUGUUUGCCACGUACUCCGCGCUGAUCGGAGAGAGCCAGGCUGGUGGGCAGCAUCGCACUCGACUCAAGCAGAUCCUGGACUGGUGCCAACCGGACUUUGAGGGAGUCAUUGUGUUUGAUGAAUGCCACAAGGCGAAGAAUGCCACGUCCACCAAGAUGGGCAAGGCGGUCCUGGACCUGCAGAACAAGCUGCCCCGGGCCAGGGUGGUGUACGCCAGCGCCACAGGUGCCUCUGAGCCAAAGAACAUGAUCUACAUGAGUCGGUUGGGCAUCUGGGGAGAUGGGACCCCGUUUCGGACCUUUGACGACUUUCUCCACGCCAUCGAAAAGAGGGGCGUGGGUGCUAUGGAGAUUGUUGCCAUGGACAUGAAGGUCAGCGGAAUGUACAUUGCACGGCAGCUCAGCUUCUCAGGAGUGUCAUUUCGCAUCGAGGAGAUUGGCCUGGACGAGGACUUCAAGCUGGUCUACAACAAGGCCGCCAAACUGUGGGCAGAGGCGCUGAGCGUGUUCAUGCAGGCAGCGGACCUGCUGGGCCUGGUCUCCAGGAAGUCCCUGUGGGGUCAGUUUUGGUCGUCGCACCAGCGCUUCUUCAAAUACCUCUGCAUCGCCGCCAAGGUGCGACGCCUGGUGGAGCUGGCUAAGAAGGAGCUGGACGCUGGCAAGUGUGUGGUGAUUGGGCUGCAGUCCACAGGGGAGGCUCGCACGCGAGAGGUACUGGACGAGAACGAUGGACACCUGGACAGAUUUGUGUCUGCCGCUGAGGGUGUCUUCCAGUCUCUGGUUCAGAAGCAUUUCCCCUCAGAGAAGCAGAGGAGGGAAAAGGGGGCAGGGAACAAGAGAAAACGAAAACCCCGCGGACGUCAGUCCAAGUGCUCGCGGCAGGCGCAGGAGUUCGCCGUGGUCAUCAGCAUCAGCGACGACAGCAGCAGCGACACGGAAGCCAUCGACAGCGACUCCAACUCCUCGCCCGACUCGUUGCAGGACAACAGCGACGACGUCAUCUUCGUCCACCAGACCAACAGUCACACCGCAGAAAUAGAAAAAAUGAAACAAAGCCUACUGACCAAGAUCUCAGAACUGGGAAAGGAACUACCUCUGAACACACUAGAUGAACUUAUAGACAAAUUUGGAGGACCAGAGAAAGUAUCCGAGAUGACCGGGCGAAAGGGUCGGGUGGUCCGACGGCGAGAUGGGACCGUGGCCUACGAGUCGCGUGCCGAGCAAAGCUACACCAUCGACCAGAUCAAUAUUAAGGAGAAGGACCGCUUCAUGAGCGGGGAGAAGUUGGUGGCCAUCAUCUCGGAGGCGGCCAGCUCGGGAAUCUCCCUGCAGGCAGACAAGCGAGUGAAGAACCAGUGCCGGAGGGUGCACAUGACCCUGGAGCUGCCCUGGAGCGCAGACCGAGCCAUCCAGCAGUUCGGCCGCACGCACCGGUCCAACCAGAUCACGGCGCCCGAGUACAUCUUCCUCAUCUCCGAGCUGGCCGGAGAGCGGCGCUUCGCUUCCAUUGUGGCCAAACGCUUGGAGAGUCUGGGCGCUUUGACCCAUGGAGACAGGAGGGCCACAGAGUCCCGAGAUUUGAGCAAGUACAACUUCGAAAACAAAUAUGGAACCAAGGCACUAGAUAAGAUCACCAAAGCCAUCCUGGGAUUCAUCGAGAGCAAAGUGCCCCCUCCCAAAGACUACCCUGGUGGCGAUGCUAUGUUCUUCAGUGACAUGAAUCAAGGGAUGAUAAACGUGGGCAUCUUCAACCGAGACUCGCGCUGUGGCCUCAGCACAGAGAAAGACUGCACUAUCACCAAGUUCCUGAAUCGUAUCUUGGGUCUGGAGGUGCACAAACAGAACUCCCUGUUCCAGUACUUCACCGACAACUUUGACUACCUGAUAGAGAAAGACAAAAAGGAAGGCAAAUAUGACAUGGGGAUCCUGGAUCUGGCCCCAGGCAACGAUGAGAUCUACGAGGAGAAGCAAGAGGAGUUUUUGACCGUGGGGAACCCACACGACGGCCAAGUAGUAUUGUAUAAGAUCACCGUGGACCGAGGCAUGCCAUGGGAGGAGGCCUUGGCCAAGUCCCAAAGCCUGAGCGGCCCAGACGUGGGCUUCUACCUCUCUCACAAGCUGAGAGGCACUCAGCCCUGUGUGCUGCUGGCAGAGCAGGGUCGAGGCCACAACCUGGUCAUCCACAAGCCCAACAUCGGAAAGCAGGCCCAGCCCGAGAGCCUGGACAAUAUGGGGAAACGCUACCGAAAGGUCACUGCGGAGGAAGCAAAGGACAUCUGGGAGAAUCAGUACCAGUUCUCCUUCAGUAAAUGCAGCCAUGCCAACUGGAAUGGCAAGUGUAAGAAGGUGGAGGAGGGCCAGGAGUGCACGCAGGGCAUGCGUCUGCGGCAGUACCACAUGCUGUGCGGCGCGCUGCUGCGCGUGUGGAAGCGCGUGGCCGACACCGUGGCCGACCUCACCGGCUCCAGCAUCCUGCAGAUCGUGCGGCUCAAGACCAAGCAGCUCCACAAGCAAGUGGGCAUUAAAAUCCCCGAGUCGUGUGUGUUGCGCGUGCGUGAGGAGCUGCAGCAGAUGGACAGCGAGGUGAGGCGGCGGCGGCGCGAGGCGCAGGAGUUCCAGCGGCCGCUGCACGCCGACCCCCUCGGCCCGCUGGCCUUCCCCACCGCCACCAGCGAGCCGAGCGGCCUGCCCGCCUUCCUCUACCCGCCGCCCGCUGUGGUGGGCGCCUUCCCCUCGCUGUCCAAGACCCCGCUGGCGGACAUGCUGGACGGCCCGGACGCGGUCGCCCUGGGCCUGGGCACCCUCUCGUCCACCACGGCCGACUUCGGCCUGGGGCCCCUGGACGCGCCGCAGCAGCAGCAGCAACAGCAGCAGCCACAGCCACCCCAGCAGCAGGAGAAGGACAAGUUCCAGGAGUUCAUGGACAGCAUCCGACAGUUCGACCUGACGCCGCUGUCCAACCCCCCGCCGCCGACACCCGCCUCGGCCUCGCCCGCGGCCAUGUCCUGCUCCCCCGCCGGGUCGGCCCAGGCCCUCGGAGGGCUCUUCGCGUCCCAGGGCGCGGGCACGGCCGCGGUGGCGACGUCCUCCUCGCCGAUGUUCUCCGAGAUGCCCUUGUUGACUAUGCCCACCACUCCGUGCAACAGCGAUGUCCACAUUGACUUCCGGGAGGUUCUCAACAACAUGAUCCAAAACAGCAGCUUGGACAGGCAGUCCGUCAUCAAGUUCCCACUGCAGGGCAGGGACUCCUCUUAACCCACCGGCCCACAGUUCUCGCCACCGCCACCCCCACCCCCACCCCCACCCCCACCACUCCCCAUCCUCCACCCUCCUCAGGGCUCUCCGUCUAGUCAGUGCCUGAGCAAAGCUUGCCCCACCUAACCACACUCAACAACACCUGGCUCACGUCCAUAUGUACCAGGGCCAAUCGAGGUAGGAGGUCUCUUAGCAACAGCACUCAAAACAUGGUAGCUUUAGCUCAGCUUGGGGCUACUCAGCCUUCCGGAUAUGGGUGGAGUUUCUGCUUGAGUGUCUGUGAAUAGUAAAAAAUGAUGUGUAUUGGCACAUGUGUAAAGUUCUAUGUGCCUUCUUUGGCGUUCCCCAACUGGAUACUUCGGAGGAGGGAAGAGAGGGUGUGAAACUCUGUGAAGUGUUUUCAGUAACAUCAAACUGACAAGGCUAGUGGUUCAUAUUUGGAUCAAAUAUACUCUAAUAGGUUUCACCACACAGCUGUCCAUCGACACACACACCCCUCCCUCCCGAAACCCACUAUUCACACUAGUUUUCUGGAAUUGUCCUAAAACAAUUAGGGAAGAGGGUGGGAGGGGGAGGUUACAAUCUGCUAUUAACACAGUGCCUUUGGAGAUAGUGGAAUAUUCUUUUCUUUUUUUUUUAAACACAUUCAGACAAAAUCUUGGCUCCCAGAACGAGGAAGGAAGAGAGACAAACGGAAUGAAGAGGAGGGGACGGGCGAAAGGCGGAAGCCUCUCUCUCUCUUCUCUCUUUUCGUUAGUGCAGGAGACAGACCGCGCUGAGGCAUCUGAGAUGUUGUAGCCGUUUCAUCUUCCGUUGGUGCCUCCCCUUGCGGCUUAACGCCACUUCGUUCGUCAGACGCUCCCCUCAUUGGCUCUUCUCACGAAAUUCUCAGGAAGACUGAUGAUAUCAUGAAGCACUUCUGGUUUUUUUUCAGUUGCUGUUGUUUUCUUUGAAAAUUUGACCAUUUUAUUCCAUUUAUUCCAUCGACGCAAAUUAGUGUAACGGAGUGCUUUUUGUUCAAACUUCUCCCUGCAGUUUAGAAACCUUUCAUACUUGAUUGAGCUGUUUUUCAAGUAAUGCACUGUGCUCUCCUACCAGGGAACCCCCAAGGGAACUUCAACGAAUGACAACCAAUAGCAAUCUUAAGCAAUAACCUCUGAAACUUCAAUAUUUCAGCUCAAGCGCCUCACUGUGGUGGGUUGUGGUCGUUUUAUAUGUCACUGUGUCUUUUUAGAACAAAUGUUGUGCUUUUAGUACUCAUGACCUUUGUAGAAACAUUGUGAGGGGAUAAAAGCAAUGUGCUCUGAAGGAUAACAGAGCUAGCUUCGUUUUUGUUAAAUUAUUUGCUUUUGUUUUUAUUUAUAUUUAAGGGACACGCUUGCCGUUUCAAAACUGUGAUCCUGAUGGAUGGCUACAGUUAAAGUAUACAUAACUUGUCAGGGAAGAUUCCAGAAUUCAAAAUGAAACAAAGAUCGUUUAAGUCUAACCUGCCUAUGUGUAAUAUUGCACUGUUCAUUACUGCUGUAUCAGACCUCAGGGUCUACUUCUGUUCUUUGUAAGUAAAUCUUGCUUAAGUGUAAUUUGUCUUUACUUUAGCAGAAUUAUACCAAAGUAUUUAACAAAAGACUUCUCUGGCUACAUCUGACCUAUUCUCCAACUCAGGAAUUAAUAUACUGUGUACAUAUAUGUAUGUGGCGUACAGGUGGGAGAUUGUCUUUUUACUUUUGACAGAAGUGAAUCAAAUCCAUAUCUGUUGUUCUACUUACAAGUGCUUCUCUUGCUGGGCUAUUGUAUGCUGUGUCUGUCUCAGACUGGAAGUUAUGAACAUGUGUUAUGAACAUGGAGGGAUUGUUUCCAGCGUAGACUAUGAUUGAUCAAUUCCGCAGAUUCUGAGGGCCUGAAGUCUCUGUGCCAUAGUUAUGUGGACUCGGCCCUGCUUUAUUGAUUAGCCUAAUGGGACCUACAUCUGGUUAAUUGGAGUCACAUGUAGAAACUGCACCUCUGUGAUUCUGAAUGUUGAAAACUUUUCUCUGAUCAAAUGCUGUUUUUGUGAGAGGGCUGAUUGAUUGACUUCUUCUUUUUAUCAUGCAGUGAAACCAAAUCGUCUGUAGAACCGUGCUGUGCUUACAGAAAUAUGUUUCCAGGCAAAUCUGCACACAGCUCGUUUCUUGUGCAAUCAUUGUGUUGGUUUGAUGUCCCAUUUUUAAGAGUUUGCCUUAAGACUUAAAUUCGCCAAACCCUACAUCUGACUCCAGACAUAUUAAAUCAUAAGAUUAACAUAUAUAAACAUACAUAUAUAUGUAUUAUCCUGUAUAAGAACACUCUAAACAUGCCUUUAUACAUGAUUUAAUCCAAUAUCAUGACCCCAGUCUUUGUAUGUUCUGUCUGCAUAGAAUUGAAUGCCCCUUAUCAGAUGGGAUGUAUUUACAUGGCAUUAGUGAUAUUAUAUCUGACGAUUUUGGAAACAAAAUGCCUUUCAAGUAAAAUUGAGUGAUGAUUUUUCCCAGUACAUUCCAAUGGGUCUGGACACUUCAAAUACUGCAAUAGACAUAACUACAGACGAUGUAUGUUAACAGUUUCAUUCAACUGUACCACUGACAACACAGAAAGUGUCUUUACAGUCUGAGUAGAUUUCUUUUUAUGUUGACCUGGUUGAGAUUAAAUAGAUGUUAAAAAGAGACAGACGUUGGUGGAACCAGGCAAAACAACCAGAUUAUAAUUAUUUUAUUUAAAUAAUAUUAUAUGGGCUACUAAUCAUAUUUUCAUAUUUAAAUUUGCACUAAGAAAUUCAUAAUUCAGUUUCUGCUGUCUGCAUAUUAGUAUGAGUGCUUCAGCCAUCUGUCGGUGGACCUUAGGUUUCUGUUUUUGUCUUUAUUUCUCCAUCUUUCUAUUCAUGAAGAUAUCAUAUGCAAAGAUAAUUUAUUGCUAAAAAAAACAUGCUACUGAUUGUAUCUAUGACAAGAGCAAAUUUAUAUUAUUUGUGUAAAGUUGUGUUUGAGCACUUUCAUUCUGUGUUUGCCUUUAUUUUUUUCUAUAUAUUUAUAAUUUAGAUUGAUGUAUAUACUGUACAAAUUGUGCCUUUUGACUAAUUCUUUCAAAUUGUUUUCUACUUGUAACGGAAGGAACAUACUGCAACUGGUGCAAUCUAAACUUUGUCAAGAAACAAAUAAAAGAUUGCUCACAA